GCCGUAGCGAAUGAAUGAAUAGGGGAUCGGUAUGUCGGACCGACAGAAAAGAAAACCAUCGCCACCUGAUCCUGCUUCCCGUGGUUUACAGGUAGAAUCUCCCGCCAAUUUCAGGCUGACCCACGACAUCAGUCUGGAUGAGUUUGAGGACGAGGACCUCUCCGAGAUCACGGAGAUCACCGACGAGAGAGGCAUGAGCCUCAACUGCAAUAGCCAACUGGACAUCAAGGCUCACGUGAUGCGGGGAGCCAAUAGCGGCCUGGGGAUGGUGGAGGCGGGUGCAGUGGGACACAUCCAGUCGGAGAUCCUUCACUUGGACCUGAUAGAUGCUGCCGACGGCAACUGCGAGCAGGAAGUCUGUCCAGCCGCCACCAAAGCGCCCGCCAAGAACCCCGCUCCCGCUGCCAUGGAUACCUACCGGCCCAAGAGACCCACCACACUCAACCUGUUUCCACAGGUGCCUCGCACACAGGACACGCUCAACAACAACUCCUUUGGGAAGAAAUACAGUUGGCAGGAGCUGGUCUCUCGCUCAUCGUCCCCUCUCAAAACUGGCGAGCUAUCUCCCCAUCGCGAGCACAUCUGCCUGACUGACCAGGACAAGGUCCAGCAGUACGGAGGACGAGGAGGAGGAGGAGGAGGAGGAGGAGGAGGAGGGACACAGACGAAGGACCGCGGCACCUCGACCGACGCUCCGCACAAGAAGGCCAUCUCGUCCAAGCAGAGCCACGCUCCGGCGCCCCCUCCACCGACCGCUCCACCCGCGCCCCCUGCCAAGGCCUCCGCGGCGGGCGAGUCGCACCGCGAGCGCAUCCGCUACCACACGGACGUGCGCCUGGAGCCCACCGAGGAGAUCUACCUGACGCCCGUGCAGCGCAGCCUGGAGGCCCUGGACCAGGACCAGGAGCAGGACCAGGAGCAGCCCGAGCCGGACGCCGAGACCGACCCGCCGCAGGGCACCCAGCAGCAGCAGCAGCGGGCGCCCAUGCUGUCCCAGACGGCCGAGCACGGCCGCAUGUCCAUCAGCUCGGACAACGAGGGCCCGCCGCCCUACCAGCCGCCGCUGUACGAGCAGCCCAACCCGGCCAUCUGCGAGCAGGACGAGGACCUCUUCCCGCCCUCCUACACGUCCUGCAUCGCCUCCACCGCCGCGCUGGACCUCAGCACCAGGGACGCGCGGCUGGCCGCCGAGCUCAGCUACGUGGACGUGGACGACGGGGACGACGACGACGACGACGACGACGGCGUGGACGGGGCCGGCGAGGCCCGGGCGCGGGACGACGGUCUGUCCGCGGCGUUCCGGAACAAUCCCGCCGUCGUCACCGCUGCCGCUGCCGCCCGGACUUCCAUGAGCAGCUCGGAGGCGAGCGGCCUGUCGUACGACUCGGUCAAGUACACGUUGGUGGUGGACGAGCACGCGCAGCUGGAGCUGGUCAGCCUGCGCCAGUGCUACCACGGCUACAGCGACGACAGCGACUCGGCCACCGUCUACGACAACUGCGUCUCCUCGCCCUACGAGUCGGCUCUCGGGGAGUACGAGGAGGAGGACGAGGAGGACGAGGAGGAGGAGGAGGAGGAGGAGGGGGCGCGGGUGGGAGGAGUCCGACGAGAGGCCACCGCACGCCUGUCAGAAGACUCCACCCCCGAGGCUGACCUGCCCUUCACCAAGAAGUUCCUCAACGUCUUCAUGAAUGGCCGAUCACGCUCUUCCAGUGCAGAAUCCUUUGGCCUCUACUCGUGUAUCAUUAAUGGAGAGGAAAAAGACCAGACUCACAGAGCAGUAUACAGGUUCGUCCCUCGCCACGACGACGAGCUGGAGCUGGAGGUGGACGACCCACUGCUGGUGCUGGUGCAGGGAGAGGACUACUGGUACGAGGGCUACAACAUGCGCUCGGGAGCCAGCGGCAUCUUCCCCGCCUUCUACGCCACGGAGAUCACCAAAGACUCACAAGAGCACAUAAAAGUGAAAACCAGUGAUUGGGUGGAGAGACACAGGCUGAAAUUCCUGGGCUCAGUCCAAGUGCCCUAUCAUAAAGGCAACGAUGUGCUGUGUGCAGCUAUGCAGAAGAUCGCCACCAAUAGGAGAAUGACAGUGCAGUAUAACCCACCCUCCUCCUGCAUCCUGGAGAUCAAUGUGAAGGGAGUAAAGCUUGUGGUACAAGAAGACUACGGAGCCUAUGAGAGUGAUGGUCAAUGCAGUCACUUCUUCCAUCUGAAGAACAUUUCCUUCUGCGGUUACCAUCCCAAGAACAACAAAUAUUUUGGGUUCAUCACCAAGCACCCAGCAGAUCAAAGAUUUGCUUGUCAUGUAUUUGUGUCAGAACACUCCACCAAGCCUCUGGCAGAGUCAGUGGGGAAAGCCUUCCAGUUGUAUUAUAAGGAGUUUGUGGAGUUCACGUGUCCCACAGAAGAUAUCUACCUAGAAUAGUCCCAGCCUACCUUUCUCCAGCAGCCCUGUACAGCAAUGUGUAUUAUAACAAGUUGCAUGAUGGACAAAGAAUAACAAAGACAAAAAGCAAGAACUAACACACUUGACAAGGCAGGACGGAUGGACACAGACAUGAACAGAAGAAGAACGACAACAACGAGAAAAAAACAAAAACAAAACGAAAAAGGGACUUGCCCUCUACCUAGCACAGUCUCAUAGGCUAUCAGGUGUCUUUGUGCAGUCAUCACACCACCCGUACUGUAUGGGGCCUCACCAUCGCUCCAUCCACCUCAAGCAAGCACAAGGCAGCCAACACCAUCCAGGGGGCAUGCGUGUGUGUGUAGGUGGACGCACCUACACCUUCGAUGUAGAUUGUAACGGCAAGUGGAGCUAGAGCGUGCAGUCACGAUGUGAUGGAGACCAGAAGUUGACCACACAUUUAUUUAUUUAUUUGAGUUGUCGUUGUUUAUUUUUUUAUUCUUUUUGUCUGGGUUUGUGUGAGACGACCUGGGGAGAGAGAGGCUCUGAUUAGGCAAGCACGAGAGUGGCACAUGCGUGUGUUUGCGCAAUGGAUGGAGAAGAGUGAUGGGCUCUCUCUCUCUCUCUCUCUCUCUCUCUCUCUUUCUCUCUCUCUCUCUCUCUCUCUAUCUCUCUCUCUCCUCCAGGCAGAGUAGAGGACCCACACUGAUGGGGAUGAUGCAGGGCUGGCCUACAGCUUCAGGGCUGGUCAGAAUGGUUUGGAUUUAAUUUGAUCCUCCUCUGCAAAACAUCAGUGGGUUAACUCAAGCUACAGUAGAUUAGAACUCUGAAAGAAAGCCUUAGCUCACUGUACACCAUGUAUAAAGGGAUAAUUUUGCCAACCUGCGUUGUAAUCCCAGUUCUGCCUUGCUGCAUCACCCCAGAAAGCUCACUGUCUGGUCACUCCUUAUUUGACUUUUGCAGUGACUUUGCUCUAGAUAUAAAUAUCAAACUGUCACUGUCAGUUGUGACAAUGCCAACUGUCAGCUGUCACAGUCGUGGAGUGGCAUUAGCCAUAGCGAUAACUCUAACUCCUCUUACACGCGGUAAGUGUGCAUCUGCCCUGCUAGCAUACUGACUGACGGCAACCCUAGUGGGGUGCCUCACUCUUGCCUGGGAAGCACAACGCAGACUCCUCCGUGUCUUUCAGAAGAAUCACAAGUAGUGCCUCUUUUUACCAUUACUCAUGCAGCCGCUGUUAUGAUUUCAGUCAUGGUGUGUAGUACUCCGUUAGAUGUGCUGAGACAUGUGGAAGUGUGUGUGGAGGUGGGGGGGGGGGGGGGGUUACAGGAGUUACACAAGCUUCCUCGAGUGCGGGGCUCACAUGAGUAUGUGAAUGAGUUGUCGACAGCUAGACGAUGCUGUGCCAUUGACCUAUUUGACCUCUAUCAUAGGAAUUACAUGGUUAAUGUAACAUCUUACCUGUAACACAAUGUAUUGUUCUAUGAACUGUAAAUGUGCUAACAGCGGCAGAGUAAAAGCCCUAACAGAGCCCUUUUGUUUACUGGGUGCUGGCUUUACUACUGAGAUGUUUUUGGACGCGAGGGGAUCCUUAACCAGCUUCUGGAAAGCUAACAGUGGCGAUAGGGAGGGAGUGCAGGCUGUAGAAAGAGCCUUUCCAGCUACAUUCUGUUUUUAAUAUUCAGUGUGUUCACUAAUUUUACGAGCGCAGAGUGACUGUUUGAAAGUUAUCUCUGGAUUUCUCUCUUGAGUAUACUUUGAAGGGUAAAGUGCAAAAGUGAAUUAAGUUUCUACACCUACACUAUUACUUUUUGGCCUUGUUAAAUACAUUUCUUGAUUAAUGACACAUAGCAUGAAAUGAUCGACCUCACCUCAUGUUACAUUAAUUUUGUCCCACCAAACACAUUCCAGGGGCAAAAAAAAGUAUUGUUCUGCUGUUAUCGAUAAAUUCAAUGAGUGAACAUGUUGAUGAAUGAACACGUUCACGAACAGUGUUUCAGUAUGGGUGGUCAGGAUCUAUCUCUAUCUCUCUCUCUGAUCCACUAAAUCAGAGUAAGGGAGCGAGCUUCCUUCCAGGGUCCCUAUUAUUAGUGUUCAUCUGAAACAUCUGUCCAGCAUUUCAAUUUGAAUUAGAUUUUUUUGCGUACAUACAUGCAUACAUUUUUACAAAAUCCUCUCAAGAAUUCACGACCGAGUAUCUUAACAGGCAUUCAUGAGUUUUCCAUGUGAAAGAGCAUCAUUAUUCAGCAGGGGGAGAUAGGACAGGGAGUCAGUUAAGCAGAUGUCUGUGCUAUCGAUGGAAAAAGAAUCUGUUCUAAAAUAGCAUCUUCCCCCACCCCAUGGGAAUGAUAUCUCUGGCUAUAAAUACAAUUGCCCAUCUUCCUCAGUGUUCCGAGAUUUUUUAAAGGAUGCAAUGAAAGGCUAAUAUUUUUAAGACUUGUUUAUUUCAUGAGAAUAUUAAGAUUUUUUCAAAGGAUUUUAUUUAUUUUGUGCAGAACUUCUAUUUUCAUUGGAUUCAAAUGUUUAUUUUCAUUUUAACUAACACUCUAAUGUGAAUACCAAUGUACAGAAGACAUAUAGUGAGCCGAAGAGUGAACGAACUGAAUGAAGGAACAUCACUCACCCACAACUCAUACUCGACCACAAAUGACCAUGAGGAAGUGGCUUUUGUGGGUACACCUGUAAUGUUCUCAUCCAUGAAAUGACCGGUGGCUACUACCAGACAAACCAAUGAACCCAUUCGUGCGGCUGUCUGGACACUGGCCCAUCAGGGUUACUGUAAUGCAAUAUCAGAUUAAAAAACAUGUUUUGUGCAGAACCAGAGCUGUAAGAGCAUAUCUCUACACUGUAGUAUUUGCUGUUCCCAUCAAACUGCCUAGUCCCUCAACUGAAAAUAAAUAUUGGAAUCCAAGAAAGAUGACGUGAUACAGUUUGUUUUUUUUAUUAUUCCAUUUGAUGUUCCAAAAAGAACUUUGAAGAGAACAAGUGGCCAUAUCUGAACACGUACUUUGUUUUUCUAUUUUGUGACCUACGUACCAUCCUCCUCCUCGGUAUGUUUUCCCUCAGAUGACCCGCGAGGAACAGGAGACGAUGUAACAAUAUGCCCUAUAUCAACACAUAUUGUAGAAGUGAACUACAACUGAAUACUGUAUAGAUUCAAGCUGUAGUGGAAAUCGUUUUAUUUCAUUUUUCCUUGUUUUGGAGUGUGGAAUUAAUCUUUAUUUAAAAAGA